AUGUUGCCUCCAGCAUUGAACAUCCCGAAAUGGCUGAAGGAGAACUCGCAUCUCCUCAAACCGCCGAUUAGCAAUUACUGCGUCUACCACCCGUCCUCCAAGGCGACGAAGGGCUAUACCGUCAUGGUGGUGGGCGGCCCCAACUCUCGAACAGACUACCAUAUCAACACCACCCCGGAGUUUUUCUACCAGCACAAAGGCUCCAUCGUGAUCAAGGUGGUCGACAAUUCCACCACUCCGCCUACCUUCCAGGACAUCCCCGUCCACGAGGGGUCGUUGUAUCUCCUACCUCCAAACACCCCGCACUCGCCGGUCAGGUUCGCGGAUACGGUGGGAGUGGUGAUGGAAGUGCCGCGGGCAGAGGGAGCCAAGGACACCCUGCGUUGGUACUGUAGGCAGUGCAAGAACAUCGUCUGGGAGAAGAGCUUCGUCUGCACGGACUUGGGCACUCAGCUGACCGGCAUCGUCGAGGACUUUGCUACUGAUCAGGAGAAGAGAACGUGCAAGAUCUGUGGCGCUGUGGCGCCUGUGAAAUAUGCUGAUGGUGAGGUAGUGCAGCCUCCUCGCUUUCUUGAGGAAUAG